GCAGAUCUGGCUGCAUGUCACCACGGGCUCUGAUGUCACAGUCCAUGACUAUAGAGUUUCUAAACGAGCAGGCUUUUCUCCCUGUGUUGGCUGAUCUGUCUGACUUCACGUUUUAUUAUAGUCCUACUUGACGUUUCAUGUUUAGUCCACAAGCAUGAACGAAAGCCCAGAAGCUGAGACGUUUCCUGUAGAAAUGGAAUCAUCAACAACAACCUACUCUCAGGUUGUCUUUAUCGAUGUUCCGCGAUCUUAUCCACCCAACACCAGUGUCACCUGUUGUUACACUUUGGCGGCCGGUCUGCAACCAAAUCCCAGGGAUUGGAUUGGGAUUUUCAAAGUGGGUUGGAACACCACUCAAAACUAUCACACCUUUUUGUGGGUGGAACCAUGCUUGGAUCGAUUAGGACCAGACCCUGUGAGACGACAAGUAGUGUUUACGGACUACUACCUUCCUAAGGAUGAUGGGGACUACCAGUUCUGCUAUGUGGACAGCAACGGUCAAGUGAGAGGAGCCAGCACUCCCUUCUGCUUUGAGAACCCCCAGGAUCACGCCCUGUACACCAGCCUAGAGAAUGAUAUUUUGGUCAUCACAACACAGGAGCAGACAGAGCAGAUGGAGAAAGAGAGGGAAGAGCUCCGCCGGGAGCUGAAGCAAAUCAAGGAGGACAAACAGACCCUGAGGAAUGAGCUUGAUGAAAAACUGAAAGAGAUCCACAGCCUCAAUCUCACCAUCGAAGAGAUGAAAAACUCAAAGAGCACAGAUACGAAGCUGCCAGGUGGCGAAAGCACAAAUGUGCCGAUGGAACAGUCGUGCCAGGAAUUAGAUGCUGUGUCUGACUUCAAGAAGUCACAAGAGAGCCUUGUAGAAUCCUCUGUUGAUGAUAAAUAUGGAAAAGCAGUGCAGAAAUUGAAUCGGCUGAAACAGCAACGAAAGGAGCUUAUGGCAACUGCAGAAGAACAACAAACACAGAUCACACAGUUAAACUCAAAGGUUAAAGAAAUGGAGCAGGACCUAAGCAGACUACAGGAUAAUGUUCAACUCCUUCAGGUGGACCUCCAGAGCAGUCAGAAGGAAAAUGAGAAGUUGGUUGCUCAGACACAGCAGGUGGAAGCACUGAGGAGAGACUUGGAAGGACUGAGGAAAGAGAAUGAGAGUCUGAACGCCAGCCUGUCCGCCCUAACACCCCAGACAGAGGACGAAAGCGAUGCGAAGGCCCAAAUGGAGACUUUGCUCAAGCAGCUCAAGGAGACCAGGAUCCAACUGCGGCAGGAGCUUCAGAGUUCCAAAGAGUCCCGCAGACGUGCCGAGGCAACCGAGCAGGAGCUCAGGGAGCUCAGGGGUCAGCUGGAGCAGCAGGCCUCUGCCGAAUCUGUGAAGGGAUCCCAAAGCAAGGACAGCAGUCUGGAGAUUAAGCUCAAGGAGGCACUGAGGAAUAUUGAUGACCAGGCAGCCAUCAUGGACCUGGCAAAAGAGGAGCAGGAAGAACUUCUUAAGAAAAAUCAGGAACUCCAAAUUGAAGUGGAUCUGUUGAAAGGAGAGCUGGCCCGAGUAAAGCCAGGCACUCCGGCUGCCCCAGACUUCCCUAGCUUCCCCUCUUUCACUGAUCCCAGCACUGAGGCUCAACAGGACUCGCUCCUCUAUGGGAAUCCUUAUGCCUUUACAGACGGUGCCAGUGAGGACACGGUGCUCAAGUGCCAGCACUGCCUGCUAGCCUUCCCUGGCAUCAGUAAGGAGGAGCUGAUGGAGCACGAGGAGAGCCACAAAGUGUGUCCCAUCUGCACACUCAUCUGUGACGAGAUGGAGCAGCAGGAGUUUGAGGAUCACGUCUACAAUCAUGACUUGUAGAGUGCUCCAGUGUGUACCUUUGUUUCUGACAUUAGAUGGUGCUCUCCUGAUAAGUAAAGUAAUUUGUCAGGCAGAGAGUAAUUUAGCAAAAAUUCUGUUGUAGUUGUCUUAAAGUUAUUAGUUAAUUCAUGUAAAUUCAUGAUUUGAUUUUAUGACAUGUGGUAAAUAUACUGUAACUGUAUAAUGAUGUUAAAGAACUGUAAUUACAUUUGAGAGCACUUUAGCUCCACAACACAAAGACAUAAUAUUAGUGUCUUUGUUAUAACGGGCUACUACUAUAUUAUGUUUAUAAGGAAAUUUGGCUGUCUGACUAUAUCUGGGAAAAGUUUAAGAAACACAUUCACGACCCUGUUGCAAAGAUUAUAUUGAUGAUUAAAACAAAAAUUAAGCUUAA